AGGCGAUCUGGCUCCACGUAGCCGCCCUUCAGUUGGGGAUACAUGCCAACAUAGUCCUGUAGCUACACGAAGCCGAACGUUUGCCACAAGGCAAGCAGGCGCCAUGGCUGCGGCCGCUGCUGCAGCAGCCGCUGUGGUGGUCAACCCCAACCAACAGCCUAACCCGCCUGCGCCGCCUGCACGAGUCCCUGCGGCUCCACCAGAUCUUUAUUUAUUUGAUCCAGCCCACCAUCUCACUGGAGUAUGGUUAGCCAUGCUCCGAGCUCGGCGGUAUACGAACGAUGAAGCUCAGAUCAACAUCCCCGCGUGGAUGGGGGGGGACGCCCAUCAUUGGUAUAGCACUUAUGUAUGGGUGGAUCUUCCCACAUUCGAGCGGGAUUUCAUGAACCACUUCGAUUAUGUUCACCCCGAACAAGCACUCUAUAUGAUCAAGGAUCGAGUCCAGAAACCACUCGAAUCCAUUACCGAGUAUCGGAACAGAUUUCAUCGAAUGUUUGUAAAGACUGAGCGAGGCGAGCAGGUAGGUCGGGACCUGUUCAUUGAUGGACUACGUAACAGAGCGAUUCGGGGGAAGCUACGUAAAAAAUUAUCUCCCAUUAACCACACGCUGCAACAAAUUAUGGACGCUGCCGAAGAAAUGGAGCUGAAGUUCGCAGUUAGCUUCUUAGAAAAUGAGGAUUAUGGUAGAGAAGGAGACUCGUCAGAACUUGUGAAAGCAAGGGCGGAACUGGCCGCACUGCAAAACAAAUUCGAAAACAUGGGAUUCGUAGCCGGAUCCGUUACGUAUGUAGAACAGGUGACAUCGAGGACCGCACCAUGUGGAGCGACUGUAAACAAGCAGAUCUCGGUAAUGGCGUCUCCAACCGUAACUCAGCCACCUCCACCGCCACCCACCAUCGAGUCACCCGCAAGAGCGAAUGAGUCUACUGCUAUCUUGGAGCUAACUAAAACAUUGGUUAGUCUAAUCCAAGAAAGCAAGAAGGAACAGCGAGAGCACAACGCCCGAUUAGAAGCUAUGAUGCGGAAUAUGCGACCCAUUGCGGUGCGAGCACCAAUGCAGGGAGGCAUGGCUGCUGCACAAGUUGCAGCGAGGCCAGUCGGGACAGCGGCAAAUGCCUGUUUUACAUGUCAUCAACCGAGACACUUGGCCCGAGAUUGCCCCCAUCGGGCCAUGCUGCCUCGAGUCGGGGUCGCGCCUGCAGCUGCAGCUCCCAUAGCUAACGGCCCAGGACGUGUAGGAGCCAUGAUGGAUGAUCAGGGGGGAAGUAAUGGAAUGAUGAUUUCCAGUGAGGAAGCAGCCGAGCUUAUCCCGCUGGAGCAGUAUGUAUCACUAGGAUACCCGGGGCUGGGAAUGAUUGGGACGAUUCGACCGGAACUCGAGUCCAGAGAUGUCGUCGAAUGGCGGCCUUCGUCGAGCGAAAUGGAGACGGGAGGCCCUACCUUUGUUACAGGGGAAAUCGAUGUCCUCGAGGUUACCCGAACACUAGAUCAUCGAAUCCCUCUCCCAAUCGGCCACCUACUCUCCAUUUCGGAACAGGCGAACGAACGUAUGAUGCAGCAUUGCAAAGCGAACCGGAAGCGAUUCGCCCUUGCACGCGCAAAAGAUCAGAAGGCGAAGGCGCCGACUUUGGAGGAAAAGGCGGACGUCGUCCCUGACGCCAUCCGAGUCGGAUUGAUACAGAAAGAUGACCACUUUCUUCGGAUCAAGCCGAUUCCGUGGAAGUCAGCCGAAUGUGAUAUUGAAGUAUGGGGAGUGCCGUAUAGUGCGAUCAUAGAUUCGGGAGCGGUUGUCCUAGCGAUAUCACUCCGAGUAGUCAAGAGAGCGGGUAGGAAGAAUGAUUUGAUUAUGCUAACCGAGAAGGACCAGCUCGUAUCGACUGACGAGGAGAAGAUCAAGACACCGGAGGCUAUCUCGGCCAUUUUGGCACAGAAGGGAAACGAUGGGAAGGAGCAUGUCAUCGAGUACGCUUCCCGGACGGUGUCAGACGAGCGACGAAACGAUUCCGCGCCACAAGGAGAAUGCUAUGCGGUAGUGUGGGGUAUCCAGCACCUCCAUCCGUAUUUGUACGGUCAAAAGUUUCUGCUCGUCACCGACCAUGAACCUCUGUUGGCUCUGAAAAAGCUAACCGACUACACGGGCAUGAUCGGACGAUGGGCAGUGCGGUUGCAAGAGUAUGAAUUUGACAUUGCUCAUCGAAAAACGGAGAGACACGGCAACGCCGACGGACUGACAUGUUUGCACCGACCCGGCUGUCGGAGGCUUCUCACCCAGGAGCUUACGGUCCCGAUUGCGCAGCUGGCCGACGAUCUUGACGUCAGCAUUGUCUCCCAGGUCGACCCGCGCUUGGUGCCCCACGUCACCUCGCGCACGCUGUCGCCGUAUCUUCAGUGGUCAGCUUGCGUGGAGGGCUUCCCAUCGAGAAUUUCGCCUUCACGGUUGGAUUAUUUGGAUCCGCGCGACAUCGUGGAUCCCGCUUUCUACAGACCGUCGUACGAGGACGAAUUGGAGGAGAUAAUCCGCGAGGAGCUUGCGGAAGAAAGUUCGGAGGAAGAGGAGGAGAAUCCGAACAAAGACGAAGGGGAGCCAGCACAGCAGCAAGAAGGAGAAGAAGACGAGCUCCUGCAAACGGAGAACGAAGAGGAAGCAGAAGAAGAACACAGCGAGCAAGGGAGCGGUGACGACAACGACGAGGAGCACGCCGACGAGGAUCUCCCAGCUAGAAAUUGCGCCGGUUGCUGAUCUUCCGAUCAGCAACGAUCCAACGCUCGACCCGGAGCCACCUCAGCCA